GCUGUCCUGACAGGCAAACCUGGGCACUAAUUGGCUCUUGGCGCCUCCUGGUGGCUGCAGGCGAGGAAGCAACGUCCUCCAGGAACAGGAGACUAGGGCAGGCACAAGGCACACGUAGAUAAAUAUUUUUUUUUCCCGCAGCACACCUGUUAAGGCAUUCCCCAUCCUCGUACCUGUUGUAGCCCUUUUAGCUCAUUGCUAUGGCAAAAUUCUGCGGCACACCUGUUCGUUUCUGACCUCACACUUUUGUGCCGCAGCAUGCUGGUUGGGAAACACUGCUGUAGGGCACCAAACCUGUAAAAAAUGAAUGGAUGUGCAUACUGUCCCUCCCUGCAGUAAAGGAAGAAAGCCUUAGGGAGACUAAGUUUCAUGCUUAUAAGAAGGUCUCAUGGACCUGUGAGAUGUAGGAUCGAUAGAAAAGAAAGUUUCCAAGUAUCUAGGUCAAAUUUUAUACAACUAGUUUUUAACUUCUCCUUUCAGUGAGGGCUCAACCAGACACAUUCUGGAGCUUAGCUCGGAGGGCAGUACUACUGACUGGGGAGCAUGAUUUAUGAGGAGGGGCUGAGGGAACUGAGAUGAUUUAGUCUGGAGAAGGCAGGGGGGUUUAAUAACAGCUUUCAACUACUUGAAUUGAUGGAGCUAGACUGUUCUCAGUGGUGGCAGAUGACAGAACAAGGAGCGAUGGUCUCAAGAUGCAGCAAGAAGUGAUCAACAUGCAAAGUGAACUGAAAACUGAAACUGCUCUCUGGGUGCAUAAACUUUGGUUUUGUGCCCCUUUCAAGUGUUUUACUUCAUGAUGGGGAGAAAAGGAUUAUCUGAAACACUGAGACAGAGGUUGGGUUACAUUGGUUGAAGAUGUGAUGAAGAUAGUAAAAGAAGACAUGAAAUAAUUUUCUUUUUUGGUCGGGUAUUAAUUUAAAAAAAAAAUCACAAACAGAAGUGAAUAGUAGUUAAUAAAUUGUUCUGCUUGCUAGGAAAGAGAGAGAAAGAGAGGCUAAUGGAGGAUUUUUGCUGAUCUUCCCCCAUUUUCAUCUAUCCCAAAGAAAAAAAUGAAGAUAAAACUUUGUUUACAACUCGAGAGAACAGGCAGACUGGGAAGAGUAACUUCAGUAUCUGGGUAUAUUAUACAAAGCACUGUACAUUUCCAGAUUCAGCAAACAUAAACCAUUAGUUUGAAUAAAAAUUAUGAUUUCAUCAUCAGUCCAAGUUUUUGCCUACUCUAGGAAUGACAUUUAACCUGAAUGUUAGAGAGAGAGAUUUUUUCAUUAAAUGUGUGAUUUCAAUUAUUAUUUUAAAGUCAAGGAUUUUUUCCCAGUGUUUUUCAGCUAGAAAGACAUUAAGUUUUUUGGUCCCUUGAAUAUAUAUAUUUGGCCUAUGUUUUACAUGGAAUUUUUAGUGUUUUUAGAACUCCUGUGUUGUUUUCUGCCAUUGUAGUUGUGCAGAAUAGAAACAUCUAGGAUUCAACUUUUCUACUACUGCUAGUGUUUUCAAAACUGUGCUUCGGCUUGAGCAUCCACUGAAUUCUAUGGCAUGAUUUGGUCUUCUCUUUUGUUUAAAGGAAAAACAUGCCUUAAAACAUUCAUUUUAUACUAACCUAGUCAACCUUUAAUAUCUGAGCAUAGUGUUUUGUAAAGAGAUGCAUGCCUGAAGAGAGAGAACUGCCUAAUGGAUCAUGGCUUUGGUGUUUACAGGACAUACCUUAUUUCUAGCAUUAGUGUUGUUUGCUGUUUCCACUUUUGAAGAAUCUGUAAGCAAUUUCUCUGACUGGGUGACUUUCACAGAAAAUAUGGAUCAAUAUGAGAAGCAAAAACUGCAUGGUUUCAGUGCCAGCCAGAAGCUGAGAAAACCUGUUCUACAUCCAAGCCUGUAUUUUGAUGCUGAAGAUGUACCAGCACUGAGGCAGAAGUCCCGUACAAGUCAUUUGCAUCUGUUUAGAGCGAUUAGAAGUGCAGUGACAGUUAUGCUAUCCAAUCCAUCAUACUACCUACCUCCACCCAAACAUGCUGAUUUUGCUGCAAAGUGGAAUGAGAUUUAUGGCAACAAUCUGCCUCCCUUAGCAUUUUACUGUUUGCUGUGCCCAGAAGAUAAGGCUGCGUUUGAUUUCACUCUACAGUAUAUGGAUAGAAUGGCUGGCUACAAAGACUGGCUCGUUGAGAAUGCUCCAGGAGAUGAAGUGCCACUUGGCCACUCCUUAACAGGUUUUGCCACUGCUUUUGACUUUCUAUAUAACUCCCUGGGUAAUGUUAGAAGACAAAAAUACCUAGAGAAGAUAUGGUCCGUGAGUGAGGAAAUGUAUGAUUAUUCAAAGGUCCAUUCUUGGGGGAAGCAACUUCUCCAUAACCACCAAGCUACUAAUAUGCUAGCAUUACUCACAGGGGCCCUGGUUACUGGGGUUGGCAAAGAAUCUCAAGCAAAUAUUUGGAAACAUACUGUGGUUGAUGUGAUGGAGAAAACUAUGUUUCUACUCAAUCAUAUUGUAGAUGGCUCUUUGGAUGAAGGAGUAGCUUAUGGUAGUUAUACAGCCAAGUCAAUAACCCAAUAUGUUUUCCUGGCUCAGCGCCAUUUUGGUAUGAAUAACCUAGAGAACAACUGGCUGAAAAUGCACUUUUGGUUUUAUUAUGCCACCCUGCUGCCAGGCUUUCAGAGGACUGUGGGUAUAGCAGAUUCUAAUUAUAACUGGUUUUAUGGCCCUGAAAGCCAACUGGUUUUCUUGGAUAAGUUUGUAAUGAAGAAUGGAGCUGGCAACUGGCUAGCACAGCAGAUUAGGAAGCAUAGGCCCAAGGAUGGCCCAAUGGUGCCAUCUACUGCACAAAGAUGGAGCACUCUUCACACUGAAUACAUAUGGUAUGCUGCAGAACUAACACCUCAGCCACCUCCUGGCUAUGGCACUGCUAAGAUGCAUAUGUUUCCUAACUGGGGAGUUGUUACUUAUGGGGCUGGGCUACCAAACACUCAGACCAACACCUUUGUGUCUUUUAAAUCUGGAAAGCUUGGUGGCCGUGCAGUCUAUGACAUUGUUCAUUUUCAACCAUAUUCCUGGAUUGAUGGGUGGAGAAGUUUCAAUCCAGGGCAUGAACAUCCAGAUCAGAACUCCUUUACUUUUGCUCCUAAUGGACAGGUAUUUGUAUCAGAGGCUCUCUAUGGACCUAAGUUCAGUCAUUUGAAUAACGUGCUGGUGUUUGCCCCAUCACCAACAAGCCAGUGCAAUCAACCUUGGGAGGGACAACUCGGUGAGUGUGGACAGUGGCUUAAAUGGACUGGUGAUGAGGUUGGAGAUGCAAGUGGGGAGAUUAUCACAGCAUCCCAGUAUGGAGAAAUGAUGUUUGUGAGUGGUGAGGCAGUAUCUGCCUACACUUCUGAAAUGAAGCUGAGAAGUGUAUAUCGCGCUCUUCUACUUUUAAAUACUCAGACAUUGCUAGUAGUAGACCAUAUUGAAAGGGAGGAAGACUCUCCCAUCAGCUCUGUCAGUGCCUUCUUUCAUAAUCUUGAUAUUGAUUUUAAAUAUAUACCUUACAAGUUUAAGAACAAAUAUAAUGGAGCUAUGAUGGAUGUGUGGGAUGCUCAUUAUAAAAUGUUUUGGCUUGACCAUCAUGGCAGUAGCCCUGUUGCAAGGAUACAAGAGGCAGAGCAAGCAGCCGAGUUCAAGAAGCGAUGGACUCAGUUCGUAAAUGUCACCUUUUCUAUAAAAAACACUGUAAAAAGGAUUGCUUACCUGUUCUAUGGACCUUAUGUCAAUGUUUCUAAUUGCAGGUUUAUUGAUGAUUCUAAAUCUGGAUUUCAGAUUUCUCUGAAUGUCAACAACACUGAGAAUAUCGUUUCUGUUGUGACUGACUAUCAGAAUCUGAGGACGAGGUUCAAUUAUUUGGGAUUUGGUGGCUUUGCUAAGGUGGCUGAUGAAAGCAAAGUUAUCAAAUUUGGUCUAGGCACUGAAGCUGUCGAGAAGCAUAUAACAAGUGACAGGACAGUUUUCCCAUUUGGAUUCAAAGUGAAUAUGAUAGCAGGGUUAAUUUUGGGUAUUAGUUUGGUAAUACUGGCUUUCCAGUGGCGGUUUUAUAUUUCCUUCAGCAAAAUGUUGCGUUGGAUCCUGUUACUGGUUAUCAUCCUGUGGCUUAUUGAACUGGUAGAUGUGUGGAGCACUUGCACUCAGCCUAUCUGUGCAAAAUGGAAUAGUGACACGACAAGUGUGGAACCUGAUACCACCCAUAGAGCCAAACAGUCAGAACAAAACCCUGUUGUUUUGCCAGACAUUGUAAUUACUUCACUUCCGGGUUCUGGAGCAGAAAUUUUAAAGCAACUCUUUUUCAACAGCAGUGAUUUCAUAUACAUCAGGAUUCCCACAGGAUACCUUGAUGUCCCAGAAACUGAAUUUGAAAUUGACUCAUUUGUUGACGCAUGUGAAUGGAAGGCAUCUGAUGUCCAACGUGGCCACUUCCGUCUCCUGCGAGGCUGGCUCCAGUCUCUAGUUCAAGACACCAGGCUACAUUUACAAAAUAUUCAUUUAUAUGAAGCCAGCAGAACUAAAGUAGCUCAGCAUUCUACCAUAAGCAAAGACAGAAAGAGAAGAUCUAGAAAGAGAGAAUCUUUGUCAGAACAAAAAAGCAAAAUGAGAGGAAAUGUGGACAAAGAUGCUGAAUACAUCAGGGAACUGAGGCGACACCUUGUCUAUUAUCCAAAUGCACGUCCUGUACUUAGCUUCAACAGUGGGAGCUGGACAUUAAAGCUUCCUUUCUUUCAAGAAAUAAUAGGGCCUUCAAUGAGGGCCUUGUAUGUAGUAAGGGACCCUCGGGCAUGGAUCUACUCAAUGUUGUACAACAGUAAGCCAAGCCUCUACUCCUUGAAAAAUAUUCCCCAGCACUUAGCCAAGCUGUUUAAAGUAGAAAAUGGUAAAGGAAAGUGCAGUUUAAAUUCAGGCUACACCUUUGAAUAUGAAUCACUGAGGGAAGAACUCUCAGCCUCUAAUUCAAAUCCAGUUUCUGUGCUGUCUCAUUUGUGGAUAGCAAACACAGCAGCAGCACUGAGAGUUAAUGGAGAUUUGCUGUCAACAAAUUAUCAGCUGGUCAAGUUUGAAGAUAUUGUGAAUUCUCCCCAGCAGACAGCUGAAACAAUUUUUGCUUUUCUUGGUAUUCCUCUCUCUCCUGCUAGCUUAAACCAAAUAUUGUUUGCCACCUCCACCAAUCUCUUCUACCUUCCUUAUGAAGGAGAAAUAUCACCAACUAGUAUCCAUGCUUGGAAACAAAACUUGCCUACUGAAGAAAUUAGACUGAUUGAGGACAUCUGUUGUUCCCUAAUGGACCACUUAGGAUACCCAAAGUUUACAGAUUAAAUGCUGCAGGCCAGCAGUAAUUUGCACUAAUGAUCCCCAACUCACCAGUUUGUGAAUAAGAUUAGAGAAGUUUGUUUAUUCUUGUAAAAUGUGUGUACAGUCUGUUACAUGCAGAGAGAGAUUAUUUUAAAAAAAUAGAUACUUGUUCUCGCAGGAUUUUUUUUUAAACUUGUAACUACUUUUGCUGCCUUUCAAAUAAAGCUGUGUGAACCUUAAUAAAAUUACUAGCUGGGAAUGGUAUAGCUCAGGGGGUUGGUAAUAGGAUAUGGAACCUUUCACUUCCAGGCUACCAAUAGCAACCUUGGGUCAGGUUUGAUGAUACAUUCUGGCUGAAUUUCACUCCUUCAGUGGUGCAAACUAACCGUAAACUUAGUUAGACUAAGUUUAUGGCCGUCCUGCAUCACUUCCAUUGCAGAAAGGAGUCAGCAUUCCAAUGAAACUAGUUCCUAAUCCCCUUAUUUGCAAGAUUAUGUGACAAUGAGUUCUUUGUUAUAGCUAUUCUUUGGAGAAAGAGAAGGCCUAUCUAUAUGGCACUUUUUGUGAGCAGAAAAUAAACACUGGGUAAAAAAUAAAGACCACCUUAAAAAAAAAAAAAAAGAAAAAGAAAAAAACCCGAAACAAAAAAGGAAUCCUACAAAACCCCAUAAAUCUAUGAGUAAAUUUUCAACUGAGAAGCUUCUAAAGGAUUUUAUCCAACUCUGGUGCAGUUCUAGCCUGAUAAAUUCUAAAUGGAUUUGAAAGCUUCUAAUAUCUGCACUGCUGCUGCUGCUGCUGCUGCUUUAUCCAGCUUCUUAUCUAAGAGAAGCUUCAAGAACGUCUUUUUUUUCUUCCAAAACUCAUCCAUUCUUCAUAGUUGGUUGCACUCUUGAGUGUCUUCUCUGUUGCUGAUCCUUGGGCGUAAAGUCUCAAUUUCCGAAUGCCAGUAACAAAAGUGUGUGCGCCCCACUGAGUGGAAAUAGUGAAUAUAAUCAUCAAUGGUACAUGUUACUAUGGGUGUAUCUACAUGUGUGCUUUACUGUUAAUUAGCUCCACAGUAAAAUGUUCUCAUCUACACAUGUGCCAGUAUUAGCGUGCACUAAAUAAAAUAACUCCAUCGUAAGAUAGUACUGUUGGGGACAGUACUAUUUUACAGCAGAGUACUUAACUAGGCUGAAACACGCGUUUAGACGGUGACAGGGGUUGACUGGGGCACAAUGUUGCUAAAGUGCAGGGGAUGCUUCACAACUAGCCUCAUGGCUCUGCAGGUUCUGCACCCUUGUGCCGCAACUAACCCCUCCACUGCCUUGUGCUGCCACCCAGACCUUGGGGCUGAGCCUCUGAGCCUGCUGCUGACCCAGGCUCAAACUGCGGCACCCACGAGCAGCUGACUCCAGCUCAAAACAGCUUGGAGUUUAUUGCAACACAUUAAUUGAAUGUGUAGAUGCAUCCAGUUUGCAUAAGUUGGGAGCCUAGAUUUUAGAAGAGUCCUAAUAAACCUCUAGAUCAGGGGUCAGCAGCCUAUAGCCGCAGACUGGAUCCAACCUGACAGGUGACUUUAUCUUGCCUGCUGAGCAUGUUUAUGUGAGAAGGCACCAUCAAAUGGCCACCUAUUGCCUGAGGAAGACUGAGCCUAAUUCACACUGCUUUUACUGAAAGGUUGCCGCCUCCUGCUCUAGAUCUAUUUUACUGAGGGAUGUGUAAUUUUUCUGUAGAGUAUAUGAGCAACAGCCUGUGGCUGAUCUCAUUUACUCUUUGUUUAAAGUCUUCAUUCUUCAGAGACUUUUUCUACAUUCUUGGAAUCGCACUUACCCUGUACUAUGAUGUUUUAUCUCAGUAAUUUAUUUCCAGUAUCUGAUUAUUUUUAAAAUAGGAUUUUAUUCUUUAAAUGUGUAUUACUAUGGAAGAUUGCUUUAGAAACAAAUACCCUUUGUAAGGUGAAUGUUUGCUUUUGUAACGCCUUUGUCAUGCUGCUUUUUUCUCAUGCUGCUCUUUUAAAAUUUUAUUUUACCUUGAACCACUUAUUUCUUUUUCUUUUUUUUUUUUUUAAUUUGGUAUAUGAACAUUGAAAAUCUCCUCAUUUAUCUUCCUUCAGCAUUCUUUCAAAAUCCAUCCAUACUGUAAACGUCUGCAGAUGUGUAAAUCAAACCAUAACUGAUGUCAGAGACAUCUGUUUCAUUUACCAUCUGUUUUUUAUUACAAAUGAAGUUGUCAUGAAAUAUGCUUCAUUUUGUUUGUAGGAGCUGGAAUCUGAGUUUUGUGCUAUCACACUGAAAUAUGCCAGUAAAGUAAUUACCAUUUAUUUGGGUGACAAGCAUUAGGCAAUGCCAAGAUGUAGUGAACUUUUCUCUACAUAUCUCAAUCUUGUCACUGAUAUUUAAUACUAUGGCUUUCACCUUUGUCUUUCCCCCAGAAAAUUCUACAUCCUCUGCAAUGUUUUUGAUCUGUCUCCCUAACCUAGAUGAAAGUAGGGGUUUUUUUUGUUUUUGUUUUUUUCUCAGCCAUUCAUUAUCAUAUCAAAAUGUGCCUCUAGCAUGAUAAAGCUGUUGAUAAUGUUACGGUAACUGUAACUUUGCUGUCACUCUCCUUUGAUUGUAACAGGGACUGGCAGCAGGUUCCCCAUCAUCCCAUCUUUUCCAGGUCUUACCUCUGUCUAGGUAGAAUGUCACAUAAAAAUAAAUAUUAAAAUGAGUUAAUAUACAGUGGCAUUUCAGUGAAACUUUGGAUCCUAACCAUCAUUCUCUCAAGCCAGUUUCUCUCUAGGCUGUUAUCAGUCAUAUGUAAAAUGGUUACACUGAUCCUUCUGCUGUUUCCUUUAUUUGACAGACUAAGUCUCAGCAUUUGCUUUCCAUUCUCAGGAUUUAUGAGCUUGAAUAAGAACAAAUAAAAAGGCCUCUGUCAGAUAUUUUAGGGCUGCUCAAGGUAAGAAUUAGGAGUGACUCUGUGUUCGGGGAAGGAGUCUCUAAAUCCCUUCAUGACAGUUAUUUAUGAGAGGCUGCAAAUAGACUAUUACCAGCUUUUUUGUGGAACUGAAGUGGAAAGGACCAUGCAUUUAUCAAUAGGUCAACCCUUUGGCUUUUAAAAUACAGGGUUAUUUCAUGUCUGUAGGCCUAUAAUACAUAUUGCUACUAUCUUUUAUUCUGGCAAAUGUAAGAUUCAGAACCUAAUACUUCACUGUCUUGCACUUUCUGACAUCAGUUUAUAUAUUUCAGAUUUGGUAGCAUUUUAUGUUCCUUUGAAUGAAUGUCACCGACUCCACAAGGUGCAAGGCCAUGGAAAACCAGGUCCAUUAUUCCUAGAUAUUACUGGGGAGAUGGUUAGAUCACAAACAUAAAAAUAAGGCUAAAUGAAAGGUAAAGAAAUGAGUUUGAAAGCAACAGGACCAAUGCUUCAGAAUUCUAAUUACAUGAAUUAUGUGAACUUAAAAUAACACAAUAUAAUGUAUUUAUUUUAAGCAAACUGAGGACUUUAUGCAUUUGCUUCAGAACCACUAACAAAGACACCCUGGAUAAGGAUUUCUACUCACUGAGAAGAAAAGAACAUAUGUCUGUUACACAGAGAACUGUGUAGAAGUGCUUUAUAAUACUAGAUUAAGCUCACAAAAGCAAAAACAAAAUCUGAGUUGAAGGGCUCUGUAUUGUAAUAUAGACAUAAAUUCAACACUGCACUUAAAAAUAAGAAUACAGAAAUCCCUGAGAAGCAGAUUUAAUUUUUACCCUUUUAGUCUGUAUAAAAUUAAAAUAAUAAAAAUGCAGUGCCCCAGAGAUCCAUGCUAAUCUAUUCAAGGACUCUUAUUCAAGAUGGCUUAUUCAUGUAUUCUUCAUCCAUAGUUUGCUCUCAUAGUUUCAGAUUGCUCUCAUAGUUCCCGAAGUCCAGUUGUACAAACAAUGCCCAUUGACUUGAGUAAAAGUUGCAUAUGUGUAAAAAGGUAAUAGGAUUAAACUGGAAACAAACAUUUAUGUCAUAUAUCUAUGCCAUACAUGACAGAUUCUGGCAACAAGUUUGUAAUUUGUAUGUUUCCAGUAGCAGCCAGUUUCAAACCUUUCAUUUUCAAUAAACAAUAACUCCUUAAUGCAUAUACAAUUUUUUCAUGCAGACCUACCUAUUUCCAUUGAAAAAAGACAGGUUUUCUUUCCCUUGGGGGGGGGGGGGGGAGCAGAAAACAUUUUUUAACAAAAAGUGAACCCCACAAAAUGGUCCCUGUUGUACCCCCAAUUCCCCCCUCUCCCACCCCCUACACCCCUAAAUUUUAUCGACAGAAAUACAUUCUUAGUCAACUUAGUCUAGAAUUCAAAUAUGCCUUCAGUGUGUUCUCUGACUCUGAGUCAAAUGUUGUUGCCCUUGUAAAACUGUACUGAAGCACAUCUGAAUUGCAUGAGUAUACAUGAAAGCAGAAUUUAACACACUGUAUGUUCAAGUAGUUCAAAAUUAGGCCUGAAUGCCUUGACCGUUGUUUUAUCUUCUACUCAUUCUAUUGUGCCUAGGGACUGAUAAGAAGGUGGAAAAAUAGUAAGUUACAUCAAUCUAUUAUAUUAAGUUAAAGAAAUCAAUACUUUAAAGUUAUCUCUAAUUAUUUGCUAGUUAGUUAUAACUAAAACAAGUUGUGGGAGGCCUGAAAUCUGACAAUAUGGCAAUCCUCUGGCUAUUUUUAAUGAAAUAGCUAUACUGUUAAAUUUUGAAUGUUUUGUGAAUUAAGACACCUGGUCCAUGUGACUAAGGGUGCAUGAGGUAAAUAAGCACUUCUUGGAACUUUUCCCAGCUGUGGGAAAAAUUAGUGCCCUUGCACUGAAAUUGUAGGCUUACAUCUUGAAUGUAUAGAAACCUAAGCAGAAUAUGUACUCUGGUUAGGAGAAUAUUUGAUAAGAAAUGUACAUCUGUCUGAGACCCUGUAGAAGAAACUCCUGCUGAUGUGUUAAAUAGAAAGAGGGAGCAGGAGGAAGUAAAACUGGAGACAGUGGGAAACCAGUAAUUGGAACCUCUUCUGUGUAUGUCAACAGUUUUAAUCCAGUUCUAAGUCUGUUAUAACUUAAAGUUCUUGUCUUACGGGACCUAAUCCUAUUUGAAUUGCUACUGCAAGCAGUGGAACCAGGUGGAUGAGGAAUGUUAGUGGAAUUUAGAAACCUGUAGUAAAAAGCAUUUGUGUAUUCUAUAAUUACAGCAUUCGUCAUCACAAUGGGAAACAUAUGAUCACAAUUUGUACACGUAGCCCUAUGGAAAAAAAAUAAUGAACUGGUACUCCCUGUACCAAAAGGAGAUUCAGUCCUUCCAUGAAGACUGAGCAGACAAUGUAGGCUAUCUAAAGAGCUCUAACUGUAGGCCUGCUCACUAAUGCUGACAUUCAGAUGGCCACGGAAACUAAACUGAAUGUUCUCAGGUUUCCUUUUCUUUUCAAUUUCAUAACUACCCAUAAUUCCCCACAUUCUAAAAAGACAAAAUAGUUCAAUUUAAAAAAGAACAAAAAUGUUUCCAUAUUUUUAAGAAAAUCAGAGCAUUGUUUAUAUUAUUCCUUCAGAAACCCAAGAAAGGUAAACAGCUUCUUUAAGGAAGACAGUUCAAUUAAGUACUUACUUUUAGAACAAAGUGAAGUAUCCUUUCCCCCAUCAUAUCAUACCUUGAUGGUCAAACAUGGAGUAUUUUGGUAUUUUGUGCUCUCAGAAACUGCUCAACCUCUAUCCUUUCAGCAUGCAAAAUUGAGCUGGUGGGCUCAUUUCUCAUUUGCAUGCACCAUUCUGGCUCUGUAAAGAGGCCUCUAAGUGAAAAAAAAGUUACUUUUCCACCCAUUUAAAACUGCUUUACAUUUCUGGGUAGCAGUAAAGUAUCUUUAGUGUAAAUAAGAGUCAGGGUCAGGAAGUUAAGCAUGUUUUUAAACUCAGAGGUCUAGCACAGCGGUCCUAGGGACAUGGGCCUAAUUAUGUCCUCUGUAAGGUUAUGGUGAGAGCUGUGCAAAAAUAAUAAGGGAUUUUUCCACAUAGUUUUGCAUGCAAACUCUGAAAUUCUCAAAAAAAAAACCAAACAAACAAAACCCAAACCUGCCAAUUUAAUAAACAGUGGCAUUUCAUAAUAUAUAUGUUCCAAUAUAGUGAAUUAUUUUUUUUCCUUUGCAACUGUAAUCACGGUAAAUAUUUUUCUGUGGAAAAAUAUGUAAAGUUUCUAUGUCUAUACAGAUUUUCAUAAUGGAUUUUUUUUUAACUCAUUUAAAAUUUUAACUUUCUGUUACUUUCUCUCUAGUAUAGGACUUGAACAGGUGUCCAUUUCUAGAGGAGAAUGUUUCUAAGAAAUGUUCAUCGUUCAAAAUCUUUCUAGGAGACGGAGCAGUACAAGCGUUCAACCUGCAAUGGACUCCUCUCCCACCCUCUCCCCCAUCUUUUCCAGUCUAGGGAAGACUGGGAUGAUCCCAGUCUGGGGAAGAUGUGGGGAGCACUUGCUGCUUCACUCUUUCCAGUCCCAAGGGGAUUGAAGCAUUGGGACAAAGGCCCCCAUCUGAACCUCAGGUGAGUGCAUGGGAAGUUUUGACAGCUGCUCCAGUUCUAUCUCAGACUGAUGUGGAUGGGGACUGGAGCAGCAGAGUAAAGGCUUGCAGCCCUGCAUCAGAUGGGGGAGGGGGAGGAGUAAAGUAGUGGGGCAGUUCCCACCUGUUCCCCAAAUUAGGGACAACCAAUUCUGAGGAAUGGGUUACGAGCUUCCUUCCAUGGGAGGAAUUGAGCUGCAGAAAAAUGCUCCUUCUCCCCACCUUUCUCAGAUUGGAGUCCCUCCUUGUGCAGAAGGCACAGGGCGUGCUGCUGCUUGACUCCUCCAGGUCAUGGGGGAGUCAAGCAGAAGUAUGAACACCAGUUCGUUCUUGCAAAAGAGUUUCUCUCUCAGGAGAGAUCUUCCAGGUGUUAACCUGGAAGACCUUUCUCCUAGACCUGGCAUAUUUCUUCUACUUGCACACUUCCAGUUUCUACUGGGAGAGCAACAAUACUCUUGUAGGUGAUCAUAGACCCGUAAAAAUUAAGAAUAUUAAUAUAAGGUGAAAGGGAGGUUGUAAGGCACAGAUUUUAGUUUCCUAUAAUAACUAUUUCCAUCGUUUCGUACAUGGGGCCCACUGAAUCUUUUUAAACUUUUUUAUUGUCUUGUCAUGUUAUGGCAUGUUUAUUUUAUUGUCAUAUAUGACUUUUUUUAUUGUCUUGUCAUGUUAUGACAAAUGACACCCAAGAGAGAGUUCCUGAAAAGGCGCUAUAGAUAGUUUCCAGUAUGACAGUUUUCAUUUAGUUUUGCUUCUGGGUUUACAAUAACAUGUAACCUAGACUGCUGUGUUAUAUGUGUUCAAAACAGAGGUAGGCAAUUUAAGAUCAAAGGUUAAAAUGUGGUACUUCAAUAUUGAUGUAAAGUUGGCAGAUGAGUAGAGUGUGAGUGACUGAUUUGAUGUCAUAUUUGGAAAUAAAGUUGGAAGUAUUUUUGUUA